GGAAGAUCUAGAGCGAGAGGAUUUAUUUUGAAGCGAGGGGAGCACACAGCGCGUUAAUGAUCGCUCCGAGGUAAGCACAAGAAUUCUACAGGGAUUCAAAGGGAAUAUUUAGCGAGCCAGCGGCCGUGUGCGAGAAAUAACCAGACGGAGCUGAGAGAAUUAAUGUGAGGGCUACUUUAAGAGGGCUGGUCAGAGCCUCUCCAGGCAUGUGCUGAGGCGAGCUGCACCGAGGUCCUUUUUCAGCCAUUAUUGUUGCCACAGAGACAGAGCUGGGAGUGCGAGGACCGAGCGGAGCCGCGACGGGAGCCCCUUUCUGCCUUUUGCUUCCUUUUUCGCAGAACGUGCGCCGUCCGCGCGCCCCCCCGCCGGGUUUCCUGCGACCGGGGGCUCCACGGCCGAAGCCGUUUGGCCGGACGGGCCGCAUCGGGAGCUGGUGGGAGGUAAAGGAGGGCAGGACGAAGGCAGCGAGCUGGAGAGUGAGGAUGAGGCGAAGGCGCUGAAAUUUACAGACAUGCAAAACUAAAAGUUGCCACACAGACUGGUUCCAGGUCAUAGUGGAGUGGGAGGAGACUGAACCGCUCUGGGGUUUUUUGUUUUUUUUAAGCCAAACACUCUCCUACUGAAUGGUAUAGCCAUUUUUUAUUCAUUGACAUCUGCCCUUUUUUUUUAGCCUGAGGGUAUUUUUGCUAGUUUAUGCGCUAACAUAAAGACACAAAGAGAGCAGGGGCCCACAGAGGACGCCGACUCCCUCCAGCUGUGGGGAAACACACAGUCAGGACAGCUCUUAUUUAUGUUACCUUGACAGCAGCCUGAAAUCUUGGCUGCCUGUCCCAUUUUCCUCUGUGGCGGUUCGGUAACCAAGCGAUGGCCAUGGUGAGUGGGGGCUGGGGAGAUCCCAAUGGCGGCACCAACGGGCUGGGGGACAAGAGCUACCUGCGGGGGGAGGAGGACGACGGCUCUCCGCAGGCCGGGGGCAGCGACAUGGAGGCCGGAGACGACGACAAGGCGUGCGUGGUGGACUGCGUGGUGUGCGGGGACAAGUCCAGCGGGAAACAUUACGGCGUGUUCACCUGCGAGGGCUGCAAGAGCUUCUUCAAGAGGAGCGUGCGACGCAACCUCAGCUACACUUGCAGGUCAAACAGAGAGUGUCAGAUUGAUCAGCACCACAGGAACCAGUGCCAGUACUGUCGCCUGAAGAAGUGUUUUCGUGUUGGCAUGCGCAAAGAAGCAGUUCAACGUGGCCGCAUCCCACCUCAGUCUAGCCUCAGUCCCUCCAUCACACCCAUAGGUGGUGCCAGUGGCCUUGGAAGUGGCGAGUUCUACAACAACAACAACAACGGAGGGAGCGGCGGAGGUCAGCCGGUGUCAGAGCUCAUUUCCCAGCUCCUGCGCGCCGAGCCGUACCCGAACAGCCGCUACGGGCACCAGUACAACCAGCAGGCCGGUCCGGACAAUGCCAUGGGCAUAGACAACAUCUGUGAACUGGCUGCACGCAUCCUCUUCAGCACCGUGGAGUGGGCAAGGAAUAUCCCUUACUUCCCUGAGCUGCCUGUGUCCGACCAGGUGGCGCUGCUGAGGCUGAGCUGGAGCGAGCUGUUCAUCCUCAACGCGGCCCAGUCGGCGCUGCCGCUCCACAUGGCCCCCCUGCUGGCCGCCGCCGGCUUCCACUCGUCGCCCAUGUCCGCCGAGCGCGUGGUGUCCUUCAUGGACCAGGUGAGGGUGUUCCAGGACCAGGUGGACAAGCUGACCAGGCUGCAGGUGGACUCGGCCGAAUACAGCUGCCUGAAGGCCAUCGCACUGUUCUCACCAGAUGCCUGUGGUCUGACAGACCCAGUUCACGUGGAGUCUCUGCAGGAGAAGGCUCAGGUGGCGCUGACGGAGUACGAGAGGAUGCAGUAUCCGAGUCAGCCUCAGCGCUUCGGCCGCCUGCUCCUGCGCCUCCCGGCCCUGCGCGCCGUCCCCGCCAACCUCAUCUCCCAGCUCUUCUUCAUGCGCCUGGUGGGAAAGACCCCCAUCGAGACGCUGAUCCGCGACAUGCAGCUCUCCGGAAGCUCCAUCAGCUGGCCGUAUGUCCCAGGACAGUAGCCCCCCUGAAGGAAGAGGUUUCCGUCUGGGGUCAGUGACGACAAGGGCCCACAGGAAACCUCCUGACUCAUCGCUAUCCAUAUGUGUGGUUAUCAAACUGCAGUGCCAGCUGGCCAUUGUACGUACUUUACUGUAACCGCUCAAUUCCCCCUCAUGAAACGAGCCCUCCGUCUCCGCAUGGGCCCUCAGCGAAGAGAGAGGAGCCAGUGCCAGGUUGGAUCUGUCUCGAUGCCAGCCCAGUUGUUCUUGUGCCAGGUCUCAGGCCGGAGACCAGCUCUUCACGCUGGGCUCCGAUAUGGCCAUCACAGCUAGUCAUGUCACCACCCACCUGCCAUAGUGACUAAAGAUGCCGCAGUUUCACGUAGAGGGCAGCAGCACCCCGCUAAAACUACAGCGAGAGGACAAAACUGUCCCACCGCUGAAAGUCAGCAGAACAGUUUUCCCCUCACUGGGCUCAUUUUCCAUGGCUCACCAUUGUGAUACAGCAACCUUUUUAUCCACACAACUGAUUACAAUUGUGUCCAUAGUGGCUCAAAAGAACAGUCUCCAGAACGCUGUGGAUGUCCUGUGAACUAGAAACACACUAAGGGAAAAAAAAAACGCUGAAGAGGCCAAGGAACUGCUGAAAAAUGAACAGAACUAAAAGUAAAACCAAGGAAAACUCACCAAAGUCUAUCACAUGAUCCUCGGAGAUGGUUUUUGUAUAGCAAAUUAGUAAGUCAAGCAGAGAGGAGAUAUGGACUCUUGUGAUUGCCUGAUGAUUAAGUGAAGCAUAUUUUAAGUAAUUCGCAGGGCUGACGUUAGUUAAAGACCAGGGGAGGGCACAGUAACUAGAAAGGACCAAUACCUCACUACACAUCAGAAUGCUUUAGUCUGAUAUUUGCUCAACACAAACCUCUGUGUCAUUCACCAGAAAUCGCCUUCUUUUUUGACAACUGCCUUGUUUUUCAGUAGGAAUUUGGGACAUUUAUGAAUUAUGGAAUGCGUUUUACAAGCAAAACAAACAUUUGUCUUGUAUCUUUUUAAAAAUGUCCCCCAAGUGAUUCGGAUUUGUGUUUGAAUAUGAGGCUGAGUGAAUAUGAUGGAUUUGGGUAUCGAGCGUCGUUCGGAUCCAUUUGAUACCAAAAGACCAGAGGCUGACCUUUACUUAAAUUAAACUCGAGUUUCAGAAUGGAGUGAGAAGAGUUCAACAAAUAUAGAUCGGAGCUUUUAAAGCCAACACUAUCAGCUGAAAACUAGUUUACGUUAAGAGUUGCCGUUUCUGGAGGGAAUGAUCCCUUGAAAAGUGUAUUGUAAUGUGUGUGUAUAUAUACAUAUAUAUAUAUUGAGGCCAAUUUUGUCUUUUUGCAUGUUGAAAUGUUGUUUUGGAUAUUUGCUAAGUUGUUCCCCCUCUUUCCAUUAUGUAAUCCAAGGUUCGUUUAAACAUUAAAAUAUUGCUUUCUCUGUUA